UCGCUCCUGGGGUUGUAUCACCCAGCACGGUGCUCUGAAACCGGAUCCCCCGCCUGUCAGACUUACUCACAUCUCUGCCCUGAUGCCGCACUGACUGAACCAGCUCCGUCCUGACCUCCUGCAGGAAGAGGCUUCGGGGGCGAAGCCCGGGCCACCGCAGGGACAUGAAGGGCGGAAAGGUGCCCAGGUACGGUGCCGCUCUCCCGGCUCCACCCCCACUCUCCAACGGCGGGGCAGAGCAGAGGCAACCGGGACCCUGGAAGGCGAAGGACGAUGUCAGCCCCCUGGGCAAGGGGCGCAAGAGGUACCGACCACCAGACGUGAGGACCAUCUUCACCGAGGAUGGAGACCCCCGGGCUGGGGGGCAGCGAGGGGAAGGUCACCACUUCGAGCAGUCGCUGGCUACGAACGCCUGGUGUGACCUCUGCUGCCUCUUUAUCUGGGACCAGUCCCUCCGAUGCACAGAUUGCAAGUACACGUGUCACACUCACUGUCGAGACUUGGUCCAACUUGACUGCCAAAAGAAUGGUAAAUCAGUAGAUCACAGCUCCUGCCCUGUCAACACGGGGCAACAAUUCCUCAGGAACGAUGAGGAUGUUGAAAAGGAACGGGCGCCCCAGAAGGUACUCACCAAGGAAGAACUCAGGCAGAAGAUCGAAGCCUAUAACUCUUCAGUUACCGACUGGUUAAAAAUGACGUUGAACUCGAAUGAAGUAUACACUGGUUUCAUCAAGGUUCAGAUGGACCUACACAGACCAAUCACCAUACGGGCUGCGUCCACUCAAGGCAGCCAAGUUUAUAACAAUAGCAACGAGACAGCCUUCUACUUGCCUAAGAAUACCAUCAACACUCUGCACAUCAGCAGCUGUAACACGGUGAAGGAUGUCAUCGAGGCUCUGCUGAAGAAGUUCACAGUGGUUGAUAACCCCGCCAAGUUUGCACUCUUCAAGCAGUUUCUUGUUGAUGAUCAAGUCCACUCAUGCAAGCUGUCAGAUGGUGAGCACCCCCUGUACCUGCGACUGUUAGCAGGACCCAGCAUGGAUGCGUUGAGUUUUGUCCUACGAGAGUACGAGACUGGGGAAGUGUUGUGGGAAGCCUUCAGUCUCCCAGAGUUGCAGAACUUCCUGCGGAUACUGGCCAAAGAGGAAGAGGAUCAGUUCAAGCACUUGAGACGGCGCUACAUGACCUACAGAGCCAAGCUGGAGGCAGCGUUGAAAGCCACAGAAAAACCGGAUUAACCCCGGAACAACAGCAAGCGAUACACGGUCUCAGUGCGGGCAUGCUUCAGACAGGGGACAGAGGGCAAGUAUAGCCAGCAGGGAACUGACCUUCAGACCCAAAGACUUCUGUGUCAGCACCAGGAUUAGCUGCUUGAACACACCUGGAGCAUUGAACCCGUUGAACCAGGGCUUGUCUCUGUCUUGUAUCUUUGCUUGCACAACCGCCAAGUUUACUGGACAAUCAUGAAGGUUAUUUAUAAAUGGGCUGCUUGGAUGUACUGUAAUGGUGGUGAGAGCUCCUUGUGCUUACCUCGUGUAUAAAGCAUUUACGAUGGUAGUUCUAACACGCCAGCCUUCACAGUCUGAUGCCUUACAAUGUGUGGCUUCAUUGUCCUGCUUGUGUAGAGAGUAAGUAGCUAGGUGCUGACCACGUUCAAUGUGAAAACCCUACUGCCUUCCCUUCAAACUGAGAAUGGUGAAGGUUCAUCCUUUUGUGAGCCGUCUGUAGUUGUUCCUCAACCUCCCGUAAAUAUGCAGUGCCGAAUGAUUUUUUUUAUUGUUGCAAUACCUAAUGUUAUACCUUAUUACCUAAGGAUACUAACUCACAUGUGAAAAUUAUUUAAAAGCUUUCAGACAGGACAGGAAGAAGUUGUGGGGAUCGGGAUGCACGAGAGAUCACGUAGGACAAAGGCCAGGGAGGCAAGAGAUGGGUUAAAGGAAGUGGGGGAGGUAAGUGUUUGGAUAAGAUAAAUACUGCGUAAAGAAAGUGCUCUGGAGGCAAGGAGGAGAUGUAUUAACGUAGAUAUGGAUUGGUUAUGUAGGAAACACACAAAACACUGGAGGAACACAGCAGGUCAGGCAGCAUCUAUGGAGGGAAAUGGAUCUCCCGAGACAUUGACAGUCCUUUUCCCUCCACAGAUGCUGCCUGACCUGCUGAGUUCCUCCAGCGUUUUGUGUGUUGCUCCAGGUUCCAGCAUCUCAUGUCUCCUGGUUACAUAGACAGGUUGAUGCACUGGGACCAAGAAGGAAACAAGUUUAGGUUUGGAGGAAGGAGUUCUUUUUAUGUGAUGCAGCAGGUUAGAAAUGCUUUAACAGUGUAUAAACCAGACUUUAGCAAUUCAGUAAUUGCACCCUUGAGCACCAAGUGCUCAAGCCCCCAGCUGGUGAAUUAGCUGUUGCUAAUCUGCUCAGUGGCAGGAGCCAGGCUUGUGGCAGUGAGUACUUGAUGACUGCUCUGGGAAGUCUCUUGGCUGUUGGUAAUUUUCACCCUUACACCCACAGCUUUGGGAUCCAUGUUUGCAAACGUGGCAUCACCCAGGCAGUGUGUGCGUUAGUUAAAGUGGGAAUAAGUGACUGUUCAGCCCAACAGGAUUGUUCACAAGGACCUCAAAUGUAGUAAAUUCACUCUUUGUCUGAAGGUUUUCAGACCCAAAGUUUGCCAGCAAACCAGACGGCGAAUCACCAACAACUAGGCCAAAGGAGAAGUCCCAAGCCAGGCCAAACCAGGGCAGGGUGUCGCAGGAGUUAGCACUAUUGCCUCACAGCUCCAGCAAUCCGGGUUCUAUCUUGACCUCUGGUGCUGCCUGUGUGGAGUUUGCACGUUCUCCCUGUGACUGUGCAGUUUUCCAUCAGCUGCUUGUUUCCACCCACAUCCCAAACUUGUGCUAGUAAUUGGUUGCUGUGAAUUACCCCAAGUGUGGGUGAGUGGCAGAAGGAAUAAAAGGGGAGAUGAUGGACGUGUGGGGAGAGAAUAACUUGCAAGGUGACAUGGAAAAUCAGGAGAAGGGUGAUGGGGCUGAUGGGAUUGCCCUGCUGGGAGCUGGCAUUGAAUCAAUGGACGAAAUGGCGUCAUGUCAAAAAUAAGUAAGACUUGAAGGCAAGGCCUUAUUUCUUUCAUAUGUGACUUGAGGCAAUUGGAGAAAAAUGGGAAAAAGACUAGCCACGUGCAUGCAAUGCUUUUGAGAGAGAGAGAGAGAGAGAGGGGGAGACGGUGGGGGGGAGAGAGAGAAAGAGAGGGGGAGAGAGAGAGAGAUUUCUGAGGGGAUUAUUGAGCUGGGAGACGUGACAGACAACUUGCCGUGGUGGGUGGAAGGUAAUAAGCAAGAGUCUGCAGGUGAAGGAAUGUGACUCUUUGAAGGUGUCUGCACAGAGGAGGUCACAGACGUGCAGAUUAUGUUGGCCAGAUCUUGAAGGAAUUUGUCACAAGUUCUAAGUUUAGUCAUUCUGAUCUUCCUGUUACUAUGUGUUGGUUUUGUGUUGAAGUGUAAAAGCACCCAGAAUAAUUUCUUGGUUUUGAUUGGGUUGCUCUUUCCUUUUCCGACCUAUAACCGUGGCCGUGUCAGUGGACAGGUCUCCACCGUCACCCUCACCUACCCCCACCUGGCUCCAUCUGCCCGUCAUCCUUGAUACCUCCUCGGUCCACCUAUCACCUACUGGCCCCUGUCUCACUCGUCCUUCUCUCCUCUUUAUACCAGCUACCUCCCCUCUCCUCUCUGAUGCAGGGUCUUGGCCUGAAACGUCGACAGUUCCUUUCUCCCAGUCAGAUGAUGCUCGACCCGCUGAUUUCCUCCAGCAGAUUGUUUGUUGCUCUAGAUUCCAGCAUCUGUAGUCAGUUGUGUCUCCGGGUCUUCUACCAGAAUAGUGGGGAGACAGAUUCUUCUCAGCAUCUUGGACAGUAGAUUGUCAUCAGCCAGGUUUGUAGCUUUCUGUUGAUUCUCUCAUGUUCCACAGGCUUGUGAUGUUUUCAUUGGCUCCUGGUGUUUGUUACAAUAAACCUCCCCCCACCACCCCGCCUGGGUCUGAUAUUAACCAUCUCAGCCUCUUUGCUGGGAGUUUGGUGAAGAGUCUUCGAAGAACAAGGCUAAUGGGAAUUGGCCACCAGUUAUCGAUGCCUUUCAGUAGUUCCUGGUCUACGGCACAGUCAGAUUGUGUUGAUUGUUUGAAAUGGCCCCUGCCGUUAGCCAUAGUGGGAGGCAUCCUGGGAGCAGCGUUUCCAGGUCCAUGUCCCCCUUGCAGCCACCCAGGUCUGGUGCCUUCCUCCUCCAUCACCCUUUAGUGCCUCUUCAGUCUCCUCUGACUCAGUUGGUUUCAAUUUAUGCCUUUCUUCUCGGCCCCUGUAACCAUCCAUCUUGUUUCUGCCAGCCUCGUUACCCGUGCCCAGUUUUGCCUGAAAGCCUGGACCACCACCUGGUCGUGAGGGCAACCAGUCACACCCAGCGACCCAUUAGUUGGUGAGGUAGACUCCUCCAACCCUUCUCAAACAUUCUCUGGGUGUUCCUGGCACACCUCUUCCUGGUUACGGUGUUGCCUGGUGUAUGUUUUGCCUUCACUUCUUGAACCCUGCAUCAACCAUCAUUGGGUCUACUCCCACAUCACGUGCUGUAGGAUACUCUCCACCAAACUGAACCCUGAGGCUCUGUUCUUAUACCUGGCAGAGUGCCUCUGCCCAAAGUCCUCCCCUGGCUUCUGCUCUGGGAGGAUGGCCCUUAGCCUCGUUCUCUGUGGGGGUUUGGCCCUCUCCAUCCUCCUUGGCCCGAUCUCUGGCUUCCUCAGUCCAGCUCUGUAGUGCUGAGUUCACCGCGGCCAGUUUAACCCUCAAACUACUGGUCAGAAUAUCAUUGCUCUUUGUGGGAUCUUACUGUGUACAAAUUACCUGCCAUAUUUCCUACAUCACAGCAGUGACCGCACCUCACCUGCGUUCCAUUGGUCAUAAAGUGAUGAUAAAGUGAUGUCCCGAAGCACUUUAUUCUGGGAGCUUUUGUGCUUUAAAAUUGGGAUGUGAAAGGCGCCACAGAAAUGUGGCGACUUGUAAGUUAGGGCAAAGAAACGGUCUGGCUUCAACCAUCCCCAGGAGUCAAAAGGUACAAGGAUAUUGAGGUCAUUAACCAAUCAGAACAGCCAUGCUGUUUCUUAAUUAAUCUACACAAGUCCUGAGGUUGGUCAACGAACACCCCUGGUGGGGAACUUUGGAAACCAGAUCCAAGGUUGCUUUAUCCUUCAUCUACCAUGUCACAUUCCUCUUGUGUAUCCCAUAAUGAAAUAGUCCAUUUACCUUAAAUCUGUUGAGGGCAACCACAUCCACCGUCUGCCUGGGAGUCACCUCAUUUGAUUGGCUCUGGCUCCUGGGAGUUGCUUCCUCUGGUUGGUCCUGGGCUCCUGGGAGUCACUUCCUCUGAUUGGACCCUGGCUCCUGGGAGUCACUUCCUCUGAUUGGACCCUGGCUCCUGGGAGUCUCUUCCUCUGAUUGGACCCUGGCUCCUGGGAGUCUCUUCCUCUGAUUGGACCCUGGCUCCUGGGAGUCUCUUCCUCUGAUUGGACCCUGGCUCCUGGGAGUCUCUUCCUCUGAUUGGACCCUGGCUCCUGGGAGUCUCUUCCUCUGGCCCCUGGCUCCUGGGAGUAUCAACUCUCAUCUAUGGGGCCACUGUUUUGGGUUGCUGACCAAAUGCCCCAGACCUUCUGGCACUGAAUCCAGGGUUUGUGUAAUAACCUGACACUCAGUUUUGCAAUAACUUUUGAACCAAACUGAACCAGCAUCGAUGAUUAAAAUGCUUGUGUUAAUUUCAAACGUGGCAGCAUUAGGUGGCAUUUAAGGACCUUCAGGUCCAUUCUGUUUGAGAAUGGAUUGUUCAAGAAGCCAAGAGUGGCAAUCUACACAGUGAAAUCCUACAGCAGAGGACAUAAUGUUGAGCAAGUUGUUUGGUUACCAUUGUUCUGUUAGUCCUUGCUGUUAGACAUAUGUAAGUGAGGCAGUGUAGUAUCUGUGAGUGCAAUAGAGUGGGGCAUUGCUGCACUGAGAUCAGGGUGAACUUUUACUGGAUUUCUGGUGGCACAGUUCACACUGAGGAGAAAGCAAGCACACAAAAUAUCUGAUGAUCCCAGUCUCGUGCAUCUCCAUAUCCCCCUCCCCUGCCCUCAACACACACACACACACACACACACACACACACACACACACACACACACACACACGACAUGUGCCCUGUCAAACCCCUCAGUUCCCAUCUCUUUCAUGGACAAGAGGUCCAGCCUAUGCAGUCUCCCCUGACAGUUCUGGCGUCAUCCUCGUGAACCUUCCCUGCACCCUGUUCUGUGCCUAGCCUUCUGUGGAGACCGAAUCUCUGCAGGUGAUUCUAAAUCUCACUGACCAAGUGGAGCAGGGACCUAACAUGCAGUAUUGAUUGUGGUCUGGUCGCCCAGCUAUGAUAGAGGCUUCAGAGCACAAACCCCUUGCGAUCAGGAUAUGGACGUGGUAGCAAAUGUAUCAUUUAAACCAACGAACUGAACAGGGCGGAAUGAAAUGGCGCGAAAAACGGGUUUUAUGGUUUUGAUGCUUUCCUUGCACUAUGAACCUCCCACACUGGGACCCUGUGUUGUGUUUGGGUAUAUUGCUUCACUUAACUGGGUGUAAAGUGCCUUGGAGCGUCCUGGAGUUGUGAACGGCGCUAUAGAAAUGGAAACUCGUCCUCUUUAAUCCAAGUGAUCCAGUCUUUGCCACAAAUUUCCUGGAAGGAGUUUAGGACCAAAGAUAUUUGCUUCUUCUCCUUGCUGUUGCUCAAUUAUUAUUUAAUGUGUGGCUACUGUAUUAAUUUUGGAACCCUUUCCAAAGGAUAGAUAAGGAUGAUUAGUUGUUCUAAAAUUGCUGUGAUAAAUGGAUCAGUGGGGGAGGAGGGAGAGAGAGAAACUUUUAAAGAUGUUUUUAAAGAAUUCUGUCAAGGGGUUGUUGAGAGGGGAAGGGGUUUGCGGUGAGAGCUGGAGUCACCCCCUGGCUUGAAUGCCCCACCAUCCCCAGCCUCCCCAAGAAAGAUAACAAGGGGUCCAGUGCCUUUGUAGUUGGGACCAACAGGGGAACGCACCUACUGAGAGUAGGAUCAGGAAGAUCCGCCCUUAUUGAGGACCCCCUCAGUGUCAUUGGAAACUCUACCCUGUGAAAUGACCUGUUCUUAACAUGCAGCAGAUUUUGACUUUGUUUUUGACUCAGUUUCUGUUUCUAAACGGUGUUAUGCUUUUUUUCCCCUCCCUCGGAAGUUUGGCAGGAGGGGAUUGUGGGCAAGAGGCAAACACAUGCAUUCAAUCCCACUCAGCGGUCCAGGGGUCUGUUGUAGGCUGUGUUGGAACCACACGGCGAUUGCAGGGUAGAGAAUCAAACAGUGUACGCUAAUGAUGACGGACCGAGAGGGGGCAAGUCACUGCUGUUCACUGGGUUGCAUUUUUAUUGUGUGACAGCUAAUACCAAAGAAUAAAACUAGGGCACUUUAGCACAUCAGGGAAUUGUUGCUAAACCAGAGUAAAAUAAAAUUGAAACUUGAUGUUUAAUUUAGCAGGUCUGUUUUCCAUUGUAUCACCAUUUUGUAUUCUUAAUUAAAAAGCUGUACCAAGGUCUCGUACUGAGCUGAAAUUAAUGUUUUGUUUUAAGUAGACAUUGUGCAAAAGUCUUAUUAUUUUUGCUGGGAUUGCUGCACUCUUGCUCUGAACCGAUUGAGCAGGAGAGCUGUAUUGGGUUCAUAUUCUUUUACUGUGAAUGGUAGUUUCUUUUUAACCCUUACUUGAACUGUUUGCACGCCGCUCUCGAGCCACAGUCGGAAAAUAUCUGUGGUGCACACACUAUGCACUACAAACUGGUUGUUCUAUUCCAGGGGAACUGGUGAAGUUUGGAGUUGUGUUUUUACUGUAACUCCCAGUCCCGGUGGAAACUGUGGCUGAGGCUCCAAUGAUGUAAUCAAACACUGAUGAUAUACUGCUGAUCCUUCCGGUGAAAGACGUAAGCUGUACUGUGUAUGACUUAAUCACAAACCACUUACUGCUUUGUCAACAUAUGCAAGGGUACAAAAAAAUGGUCAUUGACUUUAAUCGUGGAUCUGCAUGUGUGGAGAAGCACAAGUUUAAGCAAUGUAUAGGACUGAGUGUUACUGUAUUUAUAUUGACUGCAAGUGGAAGAUUAUUUUUAUUAAAGAGGAAUUAUUCUCUUUCCUUUUUAAGAUAUUGAAUUUGAAUAAAAUGGCUUUUGUAAGCUGUGGCAUAUUUUAAUAAAGAUCAAAUUG